GAGAUUUAAUAGGUACUCGGUUUAACAGUGAAUGAUACGCUGAUACGCUCACCGUCCUAUGCGUCACGGUAACAGUGAAUCGUACUUUAACCAAGUAAAAUUCGUUCUAAAAAACGGAUAGCUAAAAGUAAUACCUUGUAAUUAUGAAUUGUAUUGUAUUAUUUACUCAAAUAAUGUACAAUUUAUUGAAUUAAUAAUACUAUUUCCUAAUGUUUAAAAACUCUUCUGUGGUUUUUGAUUUUGGACUAACUAGUUACGGAGUGUUAACACUGACUGGUGGGAUUGUGACUCAAAGAAUAAGAUAUAGUCUAAGUCUAACAGAAUAGUCGCAUUUAGUGAGUCUGUUGUGAUUCAUUUAAGAUAGUUUGUAAGGAUUUUCGAUUUGCUGACAAUAUUAUUUAAAAAAAUAUAAAAAGAAACGUCACAUCAUUUGUGAUUGUUUUGCUCAAACUCAAUCAAACGCCUACAUUGCCUACAUUUACAUGCCCAUCAAAAAAUCAUCAUCAUCAUCAAGAAAUAUAAAUUAUUGAAAUGGGCUAAAACCAUAUUUUUUAUUUGAAAAUUGGCAUUGAUGACUUUGUGGUUUCAACUUGACAGAUUUACUGAUGUGUUCACUUUUGUGGAUUUCAUUUAAGGCAGUUUAUUUAUUUUGAUUAGGCUAUUUAUUAGUAAUUUACUAUUAGUAGAAAUAAGUAAACAUGAUCAUGAAUUGUUGAACACAAGUUAAAGUCAAACUUUCUUGUGACAGUACAGGCUUAAAGUACAGUAUUAAAAAUUAGGCCUAAUUAAAUUCCUUAUUAAAUUUAAAAAUAAUAAUUUAAAUUAGGCCUGUGAGUGCAGUAUUACUAGUAUUAGUAAAAUUAAACUUAACUACCGGUACUUAAAACUUAGACUUAUACUUAGUAGCUAAGCUUAGGCCUGUAUAAAUUAUAGUUGGUGGAAGCAUGCUUAAAUUAAAUUGUGUUUUUUUUUAUUUCUGUAAUCCAAAAUUACAAUUAACGAUUUACUUAGAUUUAGAUAUAUUCAGAUAUUUAAAGAUUACUGAAUAUUAAAACUCUCUUAUUAUUAUUAAUUGUUAUCGAGAGCGAAUUUCGUUUCCGGUGAAGACGAUACAAAAAAAAUGGAGAAAUUUAUUUUUUCCAUCCGGUGAUGGUAGGGCGAUGACAAUCUGAAAGGGGUAGUCUUAUUAUAAUUAUGGAAUAUGGACUAUUUCAAAGCUAUUCCUCAUCCAAUUUAGAUGCUAUAGAGGAUUCUUUAGGUUCCAAUGUGGUGCAAUCGCUAAAACAUGAGCAUUUAAGUAUUUUCAGCUUACCGGAUGGUCAAAGCUACAUAGAAAAAAAAUGGUGGUUCCCCUCUUGGGGAAAGUUGUAUGCGCUUCACCGUUGGACAAAUAUUUUAUGCUAUCGAUUAGAAAAUUAAUUUAAAAAUAAAAAAUAUUGUGACGUAAAACGCAUAAAUCCGAGGUCACUGUAGAAGCGAUUGUAAGAUGGCCACAGCAGUUUUUGCGUCAUUUUUCAAUAUGCACAGACGGCAUGCUCGUGAGACUUUCGAGAUACCUACUUAAAGCCAUGAAAUUAAAGCAUUUACUACUAACUACUAGCUCAAAAAAGCACAUUGACAUAUCACAGUCAUAAGGUUAAAAAAAAGUCCUCACUAACCAGUAGCCUAUGGUCUAUGUUAUGUGUUGCACAAAUUAUAAUAAAAGUAAAGUUAAAUUACAUUAAAUAUUUUUCUUAUCUUAUGGGCCUACUUAUUGUAAAUAGUUUCAAUUAUAAACUUGUAUUGCAUGUUUAGUACACAUUACAUUAGAGACAUUACAAUUACACAGACUCAUUUGUGCAUGCAAUAUCAGAAUCAGGUGAAGUUGUUUUAAUAAGCAACAAUGCAGUCGUCCAUUGAUUUAUAGCUGUUCUGGACAGUGUUUAACGCUGAUAUGCCUUCAGCUGCUCAUACAUCGCUAUUAUAAUGUCAGGACCUGGUGUUAGGAAAAAUUUGGUAACUUGGUAUAUGCAGUUUUCAUGGGACAUGUGUCAAACAUUCAGCUUUCCAGUCUUAUCGACCUGCAUGAAAACCUAGGCCUAAGCAUUGGAUUUUCAGCGCAAACAAGUUUCUCAGCAUUUUUACAUAAAAUGUUUAAUUUAACUCAUUCCCCCCUGAUGCGACUAAAUGCGUCCUUGGGGGGUCCGUCUAAAUGCGUCUGGUCACACCCCCCCUACUUUUCCUUUCAAUCUUAUAAUGAAAUCACACAUGCCCAAGAUUUCUAAUGAGAACCACGCUGUAGUGAGAUUCCACAAGAUUUCAAUUUUAAAAAAACGGAAGUUUUUAUCUUGUUGCGUUCAUUUUCAAAGCUUGUGACAAGCGAGUCCUUGAAGUGAAUUUUUUUGUGAAUAUUUUUGAGACAUUCAUAAAAUUGCAUUUAAGUUUCUGCAAUCGCUAAUGGAUGGCAAUGAAGAAUUAAUAGAAGAAGAGGGUUCUGACAUUGAUUAUAAUGAACUGGACUCAGUAUCCAGUGAGUCUAACAAUGACACGAAUAUUGAUAACGAAAAUGAUAGUCCAACUGCGUCUAAUUCAACUAGCUUUGACUGGUCCGAUGAACUGUCAAAUGUGACAGAAAAAAAUGACUGUAUUUUCUGAAUAUAUAGGGAGCCUUCACGAUGUUCCUAUUGACAGUCUACCAUUAGACUAUUUCAAACUCUACGUAACAAAUGCUUUGAUGACAAACCAAUCUGUAUGCCCAGCAACAACUGGCCAACCAGUCUGGGACCAAGGCCUCAACAAUAAAAUUAUGGACUCCCAGUAGAUGUCACUGACAUUAAAAAUUACAUCUAUAUAAACAUUAUGUUCAGCCUCCAUCAACUUCCAGAUGGAAAACUGUACUGGUCUUCGGACAACAUGUGGAGGGUUCCUGCAGUGGCUGACGUCAUGGGUAGAGACCGCUACAACAUUAUUCACCGCUUUUUUCAUGUGAACGAUACCUCGCUGCAACCGACAAAGGGCAGCCAAGAUUAUGACCCCCUCUACAAAGUGAGCCCCUUUCUGGAUCAUGUUAGACACAACUGCUUGAGCCUUUACAAGCCUCAACGUCAGCUUAGUGUGGAUGAAGCCAUGGUAGGCUUUCGAGGAAGACUUGCCUUCAAGCAGUACAUGAAAGACAAGCCUACUGCUUGGGAUUGAAAAUAUGGAGCUGCGCCGAAGCUAAUAUAUUAAAUUUCAAAGUUUAUACUGGGAAAAGAGAGGUGAGCUCUAACAAUGGUUACGAUGUUAUGGCCAUGACUGAGCCCUUUCUGGAUAAAGGCCACAAGAUUUUUUUACAAUUUUUUCUCGUCGCCAAAACUUGCGCAAGAUCUAUUGACACGGAACACAUACUGCUGUGCAACAAUUAGGCCGAACCGCAAGGGCUGGCCUCUAAAGAAGUCCAAACAAAAGAGAGGAGAGUUCACCAUGCUACAGAAGGGUUUACUGGUAGCCUGCCAGUGGACUGACAAACGUCAGGUCAACAUGAUUUCGACAAAUUCUAACCCAGACAUGACGUCAGUUCCAAGAACAAAAAAAGACUCAUAGUUGAAGUCGAAAUGCCCAACAGCGUGAAUUCAUAUAACUCAUACAUGUUCGGGGUUGACCUAGGAGACCAGCACCGGUCUUAUUACACUGUUGGUAGACCAAGCCAUAAAUGGUGGAGGUAUCUAUUCUGGUAUCGGUACCUGAUUCAGAUCUCCAUCAUCAGCGCUUAUCUUCUAAUGAAGAGGAUAAACCCUAAUUCCCCGUUCAGUCAGAACCACCUCAGGUUCAGAUCAAAGCUUGCUCAGCAACUACUGACCAUGAAGGCAGAAACCUCAUCAAAAAGGGUUUGCCAUAACAAUGCCAUUCAGCCCCCAGCAUAUGAUCUCUACAAUGCCAGGCAGAAAAAGAAGGUGCUACCAGUGUUCUGUGGUUGGGGCAAAAAUGCCCAGUGGCAGGACCAAAGAGACAACUAAAGGCUGCAAUCUGUGCCAAGUAUAUCUGCAUGGUGGACAUUGCAACAGCACAUAUCAUGACACUUUAAAGAAUUAAUUUGUCCAAUACAGUUGAGUUACAGCUGAAUUAAACAUUGAAAAAAAUGUGUAAGAAUCCAAUUUUGUGAUAUUUUUUAAAUUUUGUAUGGUAGUUUGUUCUUGUUGUACCACUAAUGUUAUAUUUUUCUGAAAGCUCAUCCAUUUCUUAGUGCAUAGAUGCUUUUAAAAUUUUAAUUUACUACUGUUUAAAUAUUAUUUUAAAAAAAUUAAAAAGACAUAUGUUAUUGAAAUCGGAGUAGUUUCCCUUUGUUCAGGAAAAUUUAGUUGAACAGGAAGUGUGGGCUCAGGAGGGAAUGAGUUAUUUGGAAAAAUUAUCAUUUAUCGUGAACUCCAGUUACAGUUAUGCAUUACAUGUACAAAACUAGCUUCUGGAAACCGAAGUUUGGGUGGUUACCUUUCCCACUGAACUAAAUAUUGCUGGCUCACACAUAUUUAAUUUACGGAACAGAAUAGUAUAUAACACGGAAAAGUAAGUCAGAAGGUAUCAACAGGGUAAAAAAUUGGACAAAAGUUAUAUUUCUGGAAAGCUGCCCAGAUCAGUAACACUUGUAACUUGUGUACAGUCUGUUGUCGUUUCCCUUGUUCUACCAUUGUCCUUGUUAUCAGUUGAGCAAUGGUAACAUCAACAUUUUCUGCACGGUAUGGGUCUCAUUAUCUGGGGACAGCUGUAUGGCAUCACCAUCACUACCAUGGCAAAGCUGUACCAUUCUGUUUUCAUAAGUUGACAUACAUUCUGAAAUAAUCUGCUUUGUGUCUAUUAAUUGGAAAGCUAUCAAUGCAACCUUUUAUCUCUCUAAAGCUUUUAAUCUGUUCAGUUGCAUUGGUCAAAUUUUCUGACCAACACUCACUGUAUCAUAUUGUCAUCAGAACCCUCCAGUAUCAUUCUUUAAAGUCGAUUAUUAUUCUCAGUAUUUUUUUAAUAAUCCAUGUCAAUAUCUGACCUAUCUUCAUUGUGGGUAUUAUUUUUGAAUGAAUAUUUAUUUUAAAUUAGACACUAAACCAGCAAUCAAACUAAAAUGCCAUAGCUAUACAUUCUUGUACAACAAUAUAAAAAAUAUUCACUAAUUAAUAAUACUAGUCCAACUUUGCAACCCAUGGCAUUGCUUAUUAACAGGAAAGAGAUAAAUACACCCUCAUUUAAAAAAACCAAAUUCACCUAACUUCCUGCUUUUAAAUAUUCCAAACUAUUCACAUGGAAAGAACACUUAUUGAGAGACCGACUGGUAUGUGUACAUUGCUAGGCAAUUUAAUGUAUUAGGUUUGCAUAAGUAGCGAGUGGGGGGGUGGGGUGUAUGUCAGAUUUGGUUGAUUUGAGUUUGUGUUCCCCCAUAUGCCCAUAUUAAUUUCUUUUUUAUAUUAUUUCUAACUAGGCGAGGUGUUAAUAACUUAAUUUUUAACUCUUAGGCCUAAAAUUAAAAUAAUACAAAUAAUUGGACUAUCAAUCCUGUGCAAUAUUAUCAGUACUGACUUUUGAAGGCCAACAAACCAUAAUUUCUUUGAUGAAAAACGUUUGAGAAUUAUUUUUCAUUAGCCUAGUUCAGGGUCGGCAACCUGCAGCUAAGAUGCGGCUCUCCAGUUCCAUGCGCAAAAAUAAAUAAUUAUAUUGAAAUAAAAAUGUUAGUGGCUCUUUAAAAACUGUGAAAUUUUGUAAAUUGUAACUUUUGGCUCUUCCGUCUCAAAAGGUUGCCGACCCCUGGCCUAGUUUAAUCAAUUGAAGCGCUAAGUGAGCACAUGUCCUGAUAUUGUUGAGGUUGAGAUCUUUGAAGGCCUAAUAAAUAUUAAAUUUAAAGUAGCCUUGGCCUGACGUCUAAGCUCUAUCUAAUGCAACUCUUGACUUCCUACAUGGCUAUGGCAAUGACUUCAAGUAGCAGCCAUAAAAUGUUUAAGUUUAAUGUAGGCUACUAUAAUUUUUAAAAAUAUAGGUCAACACCAUCAUACAAAAAUUAAAGCAUUUUAAAAAAUAUAGGUCAACACUAUCAUUAAAAAAAAUUAAAGCUGAAGGCAGCAUAGGCCUUAGUUAUCAUAAAAUGAUGCUAUGACAAUGAUUACUUUGAAUUUAUCUAGAUGUAGUUGGGCUAUACUAAUAAAAUAAAAGACAGAAAUAUUCCUGGUCAAAAAGGCUGGUAAAUUACACCCCAAAAAAUGUAUAAUACAGGCCUAAGUGAAAUGGUUUGCAUCAUUCUUUGUUUAUUUUUAGAAUAAAAAAUUACUCUUGAGCUGUUAAUAUAACUAGGCGCAGUCUAUAUGAUACAUUUUUUUUUAAAAAUUAUAGGUGUGGAGUUCUCAAGCUACAGAAAUGGGGGAUAUGAGUGACCUUGAUAGGUAGGAAUUUUUAAAAAUAUGUUAUAUGAACUAAUGUUGCACUAAUAAGGUGAUUUACAGAUCAGACAUUGGUCAGCCUUGAAUUGAGGUUAUCUGAUUCAGGUGCGUAAUUUCUUCAUCUUCUCAACUUGUAUAGCCAUUGUAAAGACUGUCCUUAGUACCUUGUAUUCUUGUGGUGACAUUGAUCAAAAUUGAUUCACAUUAUUUUAAUGUUUUUUUGUGUUUUUUUGUAUCUGCUGCGAGAAUCCCAAUUCUUGUGUGAUUUUUCACCUUAUUAAUUGGUUCUUUUAAUAUAAUGAUAUAUUUAAAUUAAAAAUAAAUACUCCCAUUACCUAACCUUCAUGCACUGUAGGCCUUCAUGUAUUUUUUUCUGUGCAUGUGUGGGAUUUCAUUGAUUUGUUAAGAAGAAAAGCUAAAUUAAACUGAAUGAGUCGACUUGGGAAAGUAUUUAAUCUUUUUUUUUUUUUUUUUAAAUCCCAGUUUUUCAAAAGUGUUGUUUUUUUUUUCUCAGUGACCCAAUUUUUUCUUUUGGUGCCUGGCCGUUUAGGAAUUUCUACUCUAGGAAUUAUUCAAUGUAUACCCAAGUUAAUUUUUUAUUGAUUUGUUAAGAAGAAAAGCUAAUUUAAAUUGAAUGAGUUGUUUUGGGAAAGUAUUUAAUCUUUUUUUUUUUUUUUUUUAAAUCCCAGUUUUUCAAAAGUGUUGUUUUUCUUUUCUCAGUGACCCAAUUUUUUCUUUUGGUGCCUGGCCGUUUAGGAAUUGCUACUCUAGGAAUUAGUCAAUGUAUACCCAAGUUAAUAACUUCCUUUGGAAUUAACUUUGCUCUUAUUCCUAUAUCUAUGAUUGGAUUAAACUAAGUACCCAGUACAUAAGAAUACAAUGAAGGGCUUCUUUUGAUUAAAGUAAAGCUUGUUAACAUUAUUGAAAAUAAAUUUUAAUUAAAAGUAUUGUGUUAGCUUGAUAUUUCAAAUGUGACAUGUAUUGAUAUUUAAAAAAUUUACUCUCAAAGACAAAUUGAGCAGCUGCAAAGGUGCGAGGUCAUAAAAGAAAGUGAAGUGAAAGCACUCUGUGCCAAAGCUAGAGAAAUCCUAGUUGAAGAAGGCAAUGUUCAGGCAGUGGAUGCUCCUGUCACAGUGAGUCAAUCAUUUUAUAUAUGUUACCUGACCUAAUCAUGUAAGCCAAGAUUUUUGUGGUGUUCUUAAAUUUAUCUUUUAAACUUAUUUUCAAGACCAUAUUUUUGUUAACUAUAACUAUGUCAAAUGUACAAAUUUGUUAAAAUACAAGUACGUAUUACUUUAUUCACAGGUCUGUGGUGACAUACAUGGGCAGUUUUAUGACCUGAAGGAGCUGUUUAAAGUUGGUGGCAAAGUGCCAGAAACAAACUACUUAUUCAUGGGGGACUUUGUAGACAGGGGGUUUUACAGUGUUGAAACCUUUCUUUUACUUUUAGCUUUAAAGGUAAAAAACUUAGUGCAACUCUGCCAAUCUUAUUCUAAUUAAGCAAAUCAUUGAUCCCUUUAGGGUUCUAUUUUUAUGUUAUACUGAUACCAUUAUUUGUAUAUUUCUGGUGCAAAUAAAAAUAUUAUAAUUGCUUAUUUUGAUGUAAAACGUCAUAAAACCUAUUAAACACAGGGGAGGGAAAAUUUAUGGACCAACAUAGGAUGAAUAUGGAUGGGGAAUACAUAGAAGCCAAAAUGAUCAAAUAAUUGAUCGUGAGCCCUCAAAAUAAAGAAGAAUAAGAAGAAUACGAACCAACCAUGAAUUGUACAGUCUUUCUCAGGAUCCCACGAUAGUAGCACAAAUAAAAAGAGCAAGCUACGAUGGCCAGGACAGAAGAGUGAAGAUGGUUCAUCACCAAAACCCUAAAUGAAAACGACUCAAAGGCAGACCUAGGCUUAGAUGGAUGGAUGAUGUGGGGUGAAAAUCUACAACUGGGAAUCCAAGCAUGGAAAAGAAAAACAUUAGUUAGGUCUGAGUGGAAGGGAGUUAGUGAGGCAGGCCAAAGCCCUACAUGGGCUGUAGUGCCACAGGGAGGGAUGGAUUGUGGUGUAAUUUAGUAGCCACAACUUAUUGCUCUGACUCUAAACACCCCAAAUUGUCAAAAUAUAACACUAAAUUUUAUAAAUGCUAUUUUUUAGGUUCGAUACCCAGACCGUAUUACACUUAUUAGAGGAAACCACGAGAGUCGUCAGAUUACCCAGGUAUAUGGCUUUUAUGAUGAAUGUUUGCGCAAAUAUGGUUCCAUCACUGUUUGGCGAUACUGUACAGAGAUCUUUGAUUACCUCAGUCUUUCAGCUAUCGUAGAUGGGAAGGUAAGCAAUUUUUAGAUUAUCAGUUUUACUUUCUUCAGAAUUCGGUAAGAUUCUAUUUUCUAUGUUUUGGACUAAGUAGUUAUGGUGACAUUCUAUUUAUGUUGCUGAGCAAAAGUUUUAUAUUGUUUGAAUUGAUGAAUUUCCACUGUGCACAUUUCUAAAAGAAAAUGUAUGCAUGCAGUAUUCAUAUUGCAUAUUUGCCUUAGUAUUACUCAAGUUAGUCUGGCUGUAGUUGUGCCUCCUUCAAUUACCUAAUACCACAGACACUAGAACAACAAAAGAAAGGAAAUUCAACAGAAAUAAUUUUUUUCAUUGCAUCACAAGCAAACUCAUCUAACUUUGAUUUUUAUUUUGGACAGAUAUUCUGUGUGCAUGGUGGACUCUCCCCAUCCAUUACAUCUCUUGAUCAGAUUAGACAGAUUGACAGGAAACAAGAGGUCCCUCAUGAUGGGCCCAUGUGUGAUUUAUUAUGGUCAGACCCAGAAGGUUGGUAAUUGUCAGAAAAGUUAUGUGCUUUCAAUUUAUUUGUUGACAUAUAGAAGAGAGUGUCUUAUAAUUUAAAAAGAGCAAAAAUCCAAAACUCAACUUGAAUUUUUAGCCUUCACACAAUUGCUUAACUCAUUCCCUCCUGCAAUGCUACUUCCGUAUUUAAUUUAUUUGCCUGAGAAAGGGAAGUAACCCCGUUUUGAAAUUGUUUACAUUUUUUAAAUAUGUAUUUAUUUAUUUUAAGCUACUAAAUAUUAUUUAAUGUUAAUGAAUUAAGAACAAAUGCAACAAAAAAUGAAUAAGGUUUAAUAUAAAUAUAACAUAAGCGGUGAAAAAAUAACGAGCAAUGGCAAAAAAAUCGAUUUUCGGCACCUCGGACGAACACAUGCUACAUAUAGAUGCGCCGUACUAAAGCACACGUAGUUUUAAAGUGAAACAAGAUAAAAACUUCCGGUUUUUAAAUUAAAAUCACGCUGAACCACGGAAUCGCCAGAAGUCUCGAGGGAUGCGAGAUUUCAUUGCUAUUUUUAAAUAGAUAUGAGAGAGGUGUGUCGCUAUGCGCCGGGACGCAUUUGGUCGCAUCCGGCGAAACCCGUAAAAGACGCAUUUAGUCGCAAACGUCGGGAAUGAGUUAAAUGAUGUAGGUUUUUAGUUUUAUGCUAACAUUUUAACUAUAUAAAAAAAAUAAAAAAACAAUUAAAAACACUCAUAAACACUCCAUAGAUCUGCUUGAAACUUUAUCCUCUUAACUGAAAAGGAUUUAAGCAUUUUAAUUUUAAUGAAUCGCUCAAAUGUUUUCUGGCUUGAUUCAGUGUUGAAAUUAUUUUAUCAGCAUUUUAAGCAACUUUUUUGUGUGGUUUCCUCUUCUGAGUGUCUCCUGUUUUGUUUGACAUCUUGAGAUUCAAUUAAGACAACGCGAAUACCAUUUAACACUACUACCAACUUCUAUUCUUUAGAUAUGCAAGGCUGGGGAGUAAGUCCAAGAGGUGCUGGUUAUCUGUUUGGCAGCGAUGUAGUCAACUCAUUUUGCCAAGAGAAUGAGGUAGAUUUGAUAUGUCGGGCACACCAGCUUGUGAUGGAAGGAUACAAAUGGCAUUUUGGUGAGAUGGUACUUACAGUUUGGUCAGCUCCAAAUUACUGCUACAGGUAUAAUGCAUUUUAUCAUACAUUUUCUUAGAUUGGUGUUUACAAAAAUGUAAUAGAGCUUUUCUUGUCUUUUUAUUUUAUUUUCUGCUUUCUUAGUGUUAUAAAAAUAAUUUGUACUCUUAAGAUAAUUCUUGCUAUUCCUUAAAACAGCUGAAAAUAUGCCCCUUUAGCAUUAUCUUAGUCUUUGUGUAUCUGAUGUAUAAUUUGUUGCCAAUUCUUAUUCAAAAAUUUUUAUUUUCCCUGAAGGUGCGGGAAUGUUGCAGCUAUUCUUGAACUAGAUGAAAAUUUAAAGAGAGACUUCACGAUAUUUGAAGCAGCUCCACAGGUGUGUGCAAUCGAUUUUACCAGACUUAUUAUGUGAUAAUUGGUUCAUUGAAAUUGAAUUCAGGUUUAAGACUUCUCUGGAGCUAGCAUGAGUUAACAAAUAAAAAUGAUUUUAUCCAAAUUUCAGGCCUCCUGUAAAAAGUUUUCAGCCAGGCUGAGUUGAUUUUCGGGGCAAUUUCUGACUAUUUUUCUCUACCUAAUCCCAAUCAAUACCUUGCUGAAUUAAACAUUCAAAAUGAUUCUAUUUGAUUUUGAUGAUUAAUGUUGAUUUUAUUUCUAUAAUUGUCCAAAGGAAUCCAGAGGCAUCCCUUCUAAGAAGCCCCAGCCAGACUACUUCCUUUAGCAGACCAAGCAAAUUCUACUGCUGUAUUAUGUUAUUAUUUAUACAAUGAGGAGGGCGACCUUCCAUCUGUUUACAACAAUGGAUGCAGCUCUGUGCCUGGUGGUGUAUGCUGGACUUCUGAAUGAAUGUUUUUUGUUUUUGUAGUCUGUUUAUGAUGAUAUGAAGAGAGUGACCCUCAACAUGGCAGUAAUGGCACUGUAAUGAUCUGUUGUUUCUUUUUAUGCACAGAACUGGAUUUCUGAACAGUUCCUUGAAUUAAAUGAAACAGUUAUUUAAAUAAUACCCAUCAAAUGUACAUUGAUUGAUUUAUUAUGUUUUUAAAAAAUAUCAAUUGAAAAUUGAACUAUUUGUGUUAUAUAAUAUUAGCUCACUCUAUUUUUAUAAGGUAUCAGCUGUUUAUAACAAAUUUCUUCUCCCUAGCAAAAUGUAUAAGGAGCUUCAGCUAUAUGAAAAAGAGCCUAGUCUAUAUGCAAUAGGAUGGUUUAAGAAUUUUUUCCCCUACAUUUUACUUAAAAAAAAUUAAACCUGUUAUUUAAAUAAAUAGCUGUGCAAUAUAACACAUUAAGUUUUUUUAAAUGAAUUACUAGAAAUGUUAUCCAUGGACCACUGAUGAAAACAUAUAAAGCUAACGGCUAUUAAUGCUCAUGUUGUACAGCUUUAGUUUUGUGUGGAUCAUUAUAUUCCCAUUUUUAUAUAUAUAUUUUUUUACAUUUGCAAAUUACAUUUGUUCCGCCCAAAUAGAACUCAAAGUAUUAUUUGAAUAGUACUAAUUAUUAAAGGAGUGUGCCUCCUCCGAUGGGGCUCAUAAUUUAGUUACGUAGUGUUGCACGUAGAUAGCUCUUUUUAAAAAGGCGCAGCGAAGGGUUUCAAUGGAAAUAACCAAAUAUUUCAGACUACCUGCAGUCCAAAAUAGAAUUCUAGCCUGUUAAUUUGUGAAAGCUACGAAAUAAGUUUAUAGUAUCGGUAUAGCAAAAUGGUAUUUUGAAGAUUGGGUUAGAGAAUAAAGCCAUCUUUUUUCCUGUGUAAAUAUAAUGAACAUCUUUUAAGAGCUGGCUGAGGCGGGGCUGAUCAAACUAAGUCUUGAGUCAACAUUGAUUAAUUAAUACUGUGUAGCUUAAAGACAUAUGUAUUUUUAUUUUAAAAAAUUAGAUUACUGCAUUAUUUCAUUCUGUUUUUGUUAAAUUAAAAAUAGAACUACUAAAAAGAGAAAAAGAAGCUUAGCAUCGAAGUAUUCCAUAGAACCACUAUUUUUAUUUCCAUCUAUUUCUAUCAUUUGGGGGGCGGGGGGUAAAAUAAUUCCCUACAUAUGGUAAUUGGGAUAUAUUUGAAAUGGCUAUUUUGUAUUGAAAGAUUUUUGGUGAUGGAAUGCAAUUGGUUGAAGCUGGUUGAGUUCCUGGUUCAGCCAUUAAACCUCACAAUACUGCUAUUAAAAACUACCUUUCAACUAGUCAGGAAUAGCCCCAUUAAUAAAAACCGGCAUGGGCCAGUAAGUUUCUGUAAGGUUUUAUUACCAGUAUAAUAUAAACCACUUGGCAAAUGGAGUUAGAAGCUAAGUUUUUUUGUUUUUUUUAAAAUAAACAUAUAGAAAAUGGUAAGUCUGGUUGAAUGAAGUUUGGGGGAUCACCAUGGUAACUGUACAGACUGAUCAUUAAAAUAAUUACACAUGGUUUUUGUCAUUUGACUUUGUCUUUAUCAUAAGCUGAGUACUUGUUUUGUGCAACAAUGUUGGGGGAAAUGAACAAUAAA